GUCCGCCGCUGAAAGCGUCUCGGCCUCGGCUUAUCUGCGCGGUGGGUUGUGGGUGUGUGAGCGUCGAAGUAAAAUGGCGGACUUGGCAAACGAAGGUGAGUAAGUGGCAGUAAGAGGAAACAAUACACAUACUGUGCCGUUUAGCAGCGCUGCCGAAACAUUACCUGCAUAUUUUAUAUCUGAAACGAAGCUGCUCGACCGCAUGUUAGGAACAACUUUGAGGGAUUUACGGCUCUACGGCGUUCACAAGUCUACAGUGAUAGCGUGCUGGCUAACAAUGCUAACGAUUGGGCUGUGUCUAUUACCUGAAAUGUGUCGAAACGCCCUCUUAAAGCUAGCACCCGGCUAUUUAUAGGCAGUAUGUUUUUGCCAUUUGUGGUGACUUAAAAGAGGCAUUGCGGGUGUAAACCAGGCAAACAAGGCCUAACAAGAAAAGCGCUGCUUAUAUUUGAGUUAAUUCACAAAUCCGUUGCUAAUUAUGAGAUGUGUGGAUCGGCUAUUAAUGUCAACAACACGGAAUCCUUUUUGUUAUUCAGCUAGCGGUUAACGUGCAUUUAGGCGCGUAGAGAGAAAACAUCAACAGCGAUCCAAUCUGUACUUCCUGAACACUUUCUAUUAAAUAUGCAUGCCAGUGAGGUGUUUUACAGGCUGCUGUGGAGGAAUCCAGUUAGAAAAUUUGUGCCAUCGCAUGUGAGACGAUAUGACUCAUGCGGGAUGGAGCGCAUUAGCAAGCUAACUAUAACUGUUCGAGGGGCAUUAGGGAACAACCGGUGGCGCCGACUAUUUGCUGGAACGGGUCAGAUAGUGUAAGCGCUAGCCCCUUAACAUAAGCCGGGAACGUCUCGGGUUGCUUGAAUUUCUUCAGCGGGUAUCGGCGCUGCAUGCUUGAAUUAUACCGUACAUGAGGUAAGAUAGCUGUCUGUGAACUGCACAGUAAUUCAAAGCUGGGUGUUAAAUAUAGGUCACAGCGUUUUGUUGUGUUUUCUGCCUUUUAGACGCGUUACAUAGAUAAACAGCAAUGAAGGGUCACGUUAAAGACGCUGAAGGUCUGCUCAGGAAACAGUCAGGACGGUGUAGUGUCUGCUGUUUUGGGUGAUAGUGUGUGCAUUUGUGCCCCGGCACGGCUCACAACGACACCGAUGCUACACCUGCUCCGUGUAAUAGGCCCAACCCAGACAGAGGAAAAACCUUUGUCUGCUAACAUUAUAGGAUUACAGAGGUUACCCUGUCGAGGUAGACGCGUCAAGUGGACUGGGCUUGACAGCAUAUCAUUACCUGACUUGGCGAUUGGCUGGUUUUCACAGUAGUAUAUCAACAUCUGAAUAAUAUGAUUGUAAAGGGAGUUACAUUUACAAGACAGCUGCAAGGUUAAAACCUCGAUCAGUGUGAUGCAUGCACGUCUCAAUUAAUCUCUCGUCUUAUUUUAAUAAUAUUGUUCAGUUUUUGAUCAUUGUUUAUCCAAUGUUGCCACAAUUUGAUCUCAUUCUUCCUGGUACUAAUGGGAUUGCAGGAUUAACUCUAAUAUAAUAUUAUGGGAUUUUUUCUUUUGGAUUACUCAAAUUGAAGGUUUAAUUAGAUUUCACAAAGUGCAACUGUAAGAUGUCUAUUGUCAAUAUACAGUGUAUUACCUGUAGUAAAUGGUUGUAAGGCCCCUGUUUAGAGCAGCCGAUACAUGAUUUAAGCCACGAUCAUUGUCGACUAGGUCAUAGUAAAAUAAGCUACAAGCAAAGGCUGCAUAGAUGUCUGCAAGUUUAUUGAUAUCCCAAUAUGAGUAUUUGCAAUAAACAUAGCAAAAAUCAAACUUUUUUUACAAUAAAGCAGGAAAAUAUUAAAUGUUUCCCCACUCAGCAUGUAUGCUUUACUUCUUAAUUGGAGGUUUAGUUAUUUUGGGUAUGCUUUUACACAAUUAAAUGAAGCAAGAUAAAGCUGUAGCCACCUGUCAGCAAACCUAUAAUGGACUGGUGAUGUUUUAGUUUUGAAUAAAGAGCUUUUUAGAUAUAUCUUCAAUCAGAAGAAACAUGGCCUAGUGCAGGGGUGGGCAAUUAAUUUUUGCAUUGCAAGAAGCAAGCCCAAAUAAACAAUUACGAGUUACAAACAGGCCCAAAAAAGCGCACUCAUGACUUGUGAGUUUUACAAGCGACUUCUGAGAGAAAUAAGUCUAAAGUCUUUUAAAAUAAGCGGACUUGGCAACUAUCAGGCGUCUACGUAAAUUUUGCCGAUGUUUAAACUUGUCUCUGUUCACGAAUGCAGAUCUAGGAUGUACGGACGUGCAUCCAAACGGAAAUAAAAGAACGGCUAGGUUUUCAGAAUAAAAGCUACACACUUGUAUAGCAUGUUGAUGAUUUGAUUGACGGACCUCACGAAGGGCCGGGCAGGGACAUCCAAGGGGCCGGAUGUGGCCCUCGGGCCAAAAAAUGUCCAGGUCUGGGCGAGUGUCACAUUUGCUGAUUAAAAAAAAAUAGGAAAAAGUUUUGUUUUAUUAGAGGAAAAUAUGAUUUAAUAACCCAAUUACAGUAUAAAUAAUUUUUCGAUUUUAAUUGUAGAUAUGUACAUAAAAAACACACCACACUUUUAUGGUCUUAUUUGCUGUCAUCAUCACACAUGAAAAUAAAUAUUGAGGAAACAAAACUGACAGUUUAUUCUAGUAUUGUGCAGCCUGAGUUCAAACAGAAUUCACAAAGAGUAGUUCAUCGGGUACCUGCCAGUAUACAUUAACCAGCAGUGAGUGGUAAUCAGUAAGGUCCUGUUUGGCGGGUGUAUAAUUGAAGCUAUGGUCACUGUGUGGACUGCAUGUGGCAGAAUGUGUAAAAGACACCUAAAAAGUGCCCCUGCUAAAAAAUACUAAUAAAAACAGUAUGAUGCUCCCAUAAGGAGAUUGAGGCUGAUUAUAACAGAGUGAAAUCCAUAUUGAUGCAUCCAGGAGCUACAAGAGCAAACAAGACUAUAAGCGUUCAGAUUGCCUGCUGAGAUAUUUUUAGUGUCUAAAACCUCGAUCAUACAAUAGGUGUCAGAUGAAGUGACAGACAGCACUUUGCAUAAACAGUCUUAUUUGCUUUAUUUUCUAUGUCAAUGAUUCUCAAAGACUGAUAGAACAGUGGAAAACUCACUUCAACAUGUACAGAACAUGAUGACCACCUAAAUAUAAGAGCGAAAGGGUACAGUUUUAUCCACAGGGGCUGCCAAAAUCAACCCAAAUUCAAAGGUUAUUUGUGUGCAGAUCUUUACCUGCCAUCCACUCCAGGUUCUAAAUUUACCACAGCACCUCAUGCAGUUGAUCUUCAUGGGAACAUAAACAAACCUUGAACUUUAGUGAGAAGUUAUUUAAUAUAAUUGAAAAAAAAUCUAUUUCCUAGUGUCACCUUGGUCAGAUUAUUUUCACACUUGCUCCUUAUACUUCAGUGUAACCCUACUGUCUGUAUGCACCGUCCUUUAACUUGGGAUUAACUUUUGACUUUGUGUGUUAACUCCUCUGAUGUGUUUAUUACUUUGCAUCCAAAAUGCUGGGGUGUUUUUAUGCUUGUGGAUUAUGCAAAGUACAAAUGCACAGAAAACCUUAAGCUUUACCAAGGCCUGUGCUUUCACUGCAGUGUUUAGUAGAAUUAAGCACAGAAGAGUUGGCAGAAACAGGACAUGAUAUUUGUAGGUAUGUUUAAAGUGGCGUGUAAUCACCUGAAUAUAAAAAAACGUCUCAUCUUUCUUAAUUUAGAAAGAUUAUUUUAGGAACAAGUCUCCUUCCACUCAGGCUGACAUCUUUCACAAACAAGUGAUAAUAUGUAACGCUCUUGUAUUUGGUGAGAUGAUGUGCAAAAUGCGUUGAUUAGGAGGUGAAGUCAAAGAUGGCAGUUUUUGUUGAGCUCAAAAGAAUUUGUACUGAUGGACAUUUCUGAUGGUAAAUAAUAGACAAAUGAGGGAUCAUACUUAUCCAGCGUCACAGCAGAAGGAGCGAGUAAGUGAGCUUUUCAGUCCAGAAUCUAUCCUUCUUGAUGUUGCUUAAUAUUUCUAUUUCUGUACACUUCACCUUCAGGAGUAUAUCUGGGCCCUAAAAUGAGAUUCCCAACAUUGUAGCUGCUUUUCUUUUCUAUUGCUCAGCAUGAUAAAUAAUAAUAUAUGGAGGACUGCUGUACCCUUCCAUUUUUGCACCAAUGACUAGCCUAUAUUUUCUCUUAACAGACAAGCCUGCCAUAGCGCCCCCUGUCUUUGUUUUUCAAAAAGAUAAAGCACAGAAGGUAAGUUUCUUAAUCUUAUUCAACUAUUUAUUGAAGCUUAGGUCACUUCCUGUUUUUCUUCUGUUUUUUUUUUUUUUUUUUUUAGAUUUUAUUAACUCUCUGCACUCUGAGGGGCACAAAUAACAGACGAGUUAUGAAGCUCACUUAUGCAUCUUUCCAGAAUUUAAUCUUCUUUUCAUAGGAAACUUGAAGACCUAUUACCACUUACUUUCUUCUGAGUUGUUUUUACAUGACCUUUGUUUUAAAGAAUCACUUUGGGAUAAAAUCGGAGCAUUUAAACUCUUGGUAUUUUUUCGCAGCGAUCUGCAGAUGGCUCAAGUGCAGAGGAUGGAGAGGGUAAAUCUUAUCUUCAAACUUGCCAUUUCUUUUUUUUUUAAUAUCAUUUUUUUUUUGCUAGCAUAGAUUUCUGUAUCCUUGGAUGAUCUGAGUUUGUGUCCACUGUAUUCAGAUUCAGAUAAAGACGAGGGAAGCUAUUGCCCCCCUGUGAAAAGGGAAAGGACCUCAUCAUUCCCACCCCCACACUCUGGUAAGGGCACGUUGUGACUAAGCAGAGCAUUUGUGUUUUUUCUUGGUUCUUGCUUGUGGUGUACACAUUGAUUUGUAUGCUGAGUGCAAUGCCUGUUUGCUACUUUGCAGUUCCCAAGAACAAUGUAUUCAUGCCCUCAAGUUUCUGCCAGUCCCCGACUGGGAACUCUGACUCUGAGCCAGGUGAGGCAUCAAGACCACCAUUAGCUUUUCUUCACUGUUGAAAGGCUCUUCUCUUAAAUCCUAGUUUCAAGAAUCUGAGUUUUCAAAGGUCAAACAUGGGUUUUUGUUUUUUCAACUGUGGGGCAACAGAGGUGAUGAAUCGGCUGAGACACUUAGCCUACAGAUACAACAGCUAAGAUACAAAAACUUGCAUGCCCAAGAAUUACAUGUCAGAAAUAAUUUAUGUGUGUGUGUUAAGAGUCUUUGCAGCAAUAGUUGUAAUUUAGAUGUUGGUGAUUUCUGCCAGCAAAUGCACCCCUUCACAUGAGGGGAUGAUUUUGAAGCCUUAAAUACACUUUUUAUAUAAUCUUGACCCACAGUCUAAGUUGGUUUGUGUACCAUUCUUUGCCAUUUUGUUAUAUGUGUUCUGCUAAAUUUUCUCCUGAUAGAAUGAAACACAAAUGGCUAAAAGGAAGCUUCUCCUCAUCUCUAGUUAUUCAGUUUAUGAUAAGCUGUUAGUACCUGUAACUGAGCCUGUACAUCACGUAGCUCUGUUCUUGUUAAUGACUUUAUAGAUGUUAAUGUUCAGUCUGGAAACAAAUUUUUAGCUCACCAGUCAAUUUUAUGGCACAAGCAUUCAAACUGGUAAUACAGAGGGAUUACUGUUAUUAAAUGCUUCAGUGUUAUGUGCUGAUAUUCAGCUAGAGUUUGUAUAGUUGCACUGAACAUAGAGGGGAGUUCAUCUGAGUUUAUAAACCACUUAUGUAUUGUGCUGGAUGGCUACUGUGCCUUCUUUUGUAUGGAAUAGAUUUAUACACUCAGUUGGUGUACUUCUACAAUGUUCCAGUCCAACAGCGCUGACAUUAACUUUACCUACAACAAAUACAGCAUGAAGGGAUGUGAUUCCUCUGGAUUUAUCUGGAAUUCAAAGGUUGGGAGCCAAAGAGGCGACCAGUUAAUCAGAAAAAACAUACUUUGAAUGAAGGGGAGCAAUAAACUGCACGGUGAAGUAAGCAUGUUAAUGAUCAAGUUACUGUUCAAGCUUAGUUGCCUCUUGUUUUUAACGAUCAAACAUGUAACUGGCUUUCAUGUCACCAAGGUCUAGAGUUUGGUAUAAAUGUCCACUUUGAGAAAAUAGGCGUUAUUUAGUCGUAAGAACAAAAAUGUAGUCCCUGCUCAGAGUGAUGAGGAACUGUCUGUCUUUCUCUUUUCCUCUCCCUCUUUCUGUUUGUCUCCCCUAGUUUCUAUGGCUACAGGACGCUCCGUAUCUGUUAAUAUUUUUCCUUCUACCUUUGACUUGUCCGACUCUUAAGUUGAUCAAAAUUAAGAUUUUGGUCUGCGUUGUUGAAAUAUUGCCGAACAGGGGUUUUUAAAUUGAUCCAAAUGAUGUGACAAUGUGGCUCUAAAUGUGAGUGAAGGUCGUUGAUUAAAUCGGGUGGGUCCUCCUGCUUUUUUUUCUGUCUGAUACUAAUCACAUCCCUGAGUAGUGUAAUAGCUUUAAGUUUAAUGGACUGUUCAGGAUGUAUUAAUGUAGCUGCAUCCCCGUUACAGAGGCGCGGUGUCUAGUUCUGUCAGACUGCAUCAUAUUAUAUACAGUAAAUGUUAUCCUUGCAUUUUUCCUCUCUUUUACUGACAUAAAGGGGAAAAUAGAAACUUUCUGAUGGAAUGCGUCCCUUUUGUACAAAUACCAUUCAUUGUGAGCACAGAGAUGACACAGAGAUUCAUGGGAGAGCAGAUGUACUCGAUAACAGCUUACUGUAUUAGUUAGAGUCGUUGGGUCACCAAAACUGUUCGCCUCUUGAGUUCUCAGUGUCUGAGUCACCAGAGAAGAAUUCGAGUUCAGUCCUCUUUGUAAAUAUUGUCAUUUAUUACAAACAGGGAGGCUCUUUCGCUCCAAACUACUUACUGUAUAAACCUGAACUGACUGAGUGGGACCUUUUUAGGAUGUAAAAAAAAAAAAAAACACAGGUCCUUUAUUAGCAUUAGAUCCUGACUGCUCCUGUAGGCGUGUCUGGAUGUUUCAUUAUCAGUGAAGCCGCAGUGGUGUGUGUGUAUGUCGUGUAAAAAAAAGCCACACUUCUCCUAAUGAGGGGACGGGCUUGCCGAUUCUGCUGCAGUGUGAUCGCUGCAGGUCUCUGACAGUCUUAAAAACACCUGCAGGCCAACCGCUGUGAGUGACAGCUUUGUUUAUGUGGCAGGUUCAAGAUACUUGAUGUCUUUUCUGCGUAUGUGUGAAUCUUUAAUCUUAUAUGUCAAAUCAAUCAGAAUUUUAGCAAACCAAACAUCUUGCACCCUCCGCUUGUGAACAGUCACACAAUAGAUAGUCCAGGUAGCCUUGGCCUAACCUUGAUUUUUCUGGCUGCACCUGGUUGAUUCUCUGUCACCUGGUCGAUCUCUUUCAGACUGCCUCCCUCUACUGUAAAUUCAUUGAAAGCAAAAUGCUCCACUUGUAGUGUCUCUCUCCUGGUAGGAACUGUAUCUAAACUAAGAUGGCAUGUGAUCAUGCAUUCAGGUGGACACACAAGCUAGCUGUUUCUUUAAACUCCAUAAACUGUUAGAGCCUUUCAUUAGAAAUACAGACAUGAAUAUCAGUCAGGAUUUGAGUUGUUGUUGAUUUUAUCUGUCAGAUAAUAGCACAAGCUCAGUCUUUUACACUUACCCCAAAUCCCACAACUGUUCAAAAAGCAUUCACUUGAUCAAAUUAACCAGGCGUAAUUAAAAUCCACUGUUUUCAGUCACUUCAUCACCCACUAGUUUUGGAGUUGCAGUUUCCCUUCUCACAGUUGUGUCCAGUCCGGCUCUCUCGGUUGGUAAAAUGAAAAUGUAGCCCUGAUUAUACGUAAGCACUUUUUGUUGAACUCUUCUGUACAUGAGACAUGUAGGAAUGAUCCUGUAAAACUCGAGGGGAAAAGAGGAUGCUGAUUCAAGAGCGAUUUCAGCUCACUGAUUAGGAGCAGGUCAUGCCGGGCUAAUAAAGCCGCUGAGAUAGAGAGCGAGAGGCACACAAAGAUCAAAGGCCCCAGAGCCUGCCAUGCUUGUGUGCAAGAGCUGGAUCACAACAGAGCUCCUCAAGCUCCACAAGGGUUGCUGUGGUAACGGGCCCUUUGGUUUGAAAGGUGCAAAGACAGAAGGAACGUACUCUUGAUAAGUUGCUGUGUGACUCUUGGAUCUUUUUUUAAUGACCGCUCUUUCUUCUUCCCCGUCUCACCAGAAGAGAAACCCGUGGGAUUCCGUUUAAAGCCACCAACCCUCAUACAUGGACAGGCACCAAGUUCAGGUGAGUGUUUGAGGUUCUUAGCCUUGUUGACAUAGUCCUCUUUCUCUCUGAUGUUACUGAAAUAGGAAAAAAAACAAUUCAACUCUUUGCACAUGACCACUCCUAAAAAUUGAAAGGGUACAUGUAGACUUAAACAUGUAGAUCCCAGACAUCUCAUUACCCUCCGACAUAUUGCAGCAGUGCUGGAAUUAAAUGCUGGUUUGCACUCACAAGUUAGAUCCAAAACAACAUUUUAUUAGUCUCCCAAUGUGUACUUUUCACAUCCUAUUGCGACAUUGCAGAAGUGAAGGCAUGGCAUGUAAACACACGGUAGGAGCGCCACAAUCAUUCAGACCGUGUCCGUAGGUAUACAUGUAUUUUUGAAAAUUGUAUUCUUUCUCUGUGUUUUGUCCUCCUGUCCACAUGCAAACUGAGUUUUAGGUCACUGAAAUCUUUUCGCAAACUCUUUAUAAUGUUAAUGCCACUCCACUGUUGCCAUGUGGACUGCAAAAACAAAAGUUUUGGGGAAACGCUGAUGCAUGCUGCACAUGGCAGUUAUUUACAUGUGUUGUGCACAUGCCAAGAUAAGAGGCUGCUGGUUUGUUUAGGCCUGCUGGAUAUUAUUUGGUUUAUUUGAAUGUUUACAUGGAGACCUGGCUGUUCUCCAUUGUUAUACCACAACGCAGGGGCGAAUAAAUACAUCAUGGUCAAUAAUUUUCAGUUUAUUUCUUACAUAGUUCAAAGAACUUCUCUUCAAAUUGCAGCUUGCUCAAGAAAACACUCGAAUGUGUAUGCCCACAAUGUUCUUCAACGGUGGUUGGAUGUGACGGACUGAUUACACAUUAAUGCUACCUACCGGCCUGGCAUGCUCAUAUGAGUGUUUCUGCGUUUCAGACAGAGCAGUAUUCAAAAAUACCUCUGAUGUGGACAAGAUGUUUUUGAAAACACAGAGAAAAAAUCAGUUUUCAUAAAUUCUGGCCUCGCAGAUACGCACAUUCACACAGGGCUGUUUGGUCCUACCAGCUCCAGUACUACACAUCGCUGCCACUUCCCAUUCUGCCUCUGCUACUACCUUCAAGAGAGGGCCAGAGGCUGAAUGACUUAGCCCCACCAUUACUCCUCUGUGCAUUUCACAUCGCAGAGGAGGAACUGCCUGGAAAUGGCAGUUUGUAAGAGCAAAUAGAGUCAAAAAAAUUAUGAGACAAGUUUGCUCUGUUGCAGGGGUCCCAAGUCAAAAACCCAAGGAACAACAACGCAGUGUCCUCCGCCCUGCAGUUCUCCAGGCGCCACCCUCCAAAUCACAUAUAGAGUCCAGUGAGUACUGGUCAUCUGCACUGAUUUGCGUCUUGAAAUUGAAAUAUUGUUUGACUUACCAAUAAAAUAGAUCGUUCAUUUCCUUUAUGACUUCAAGCCAAACUUCUUAUAUACAGUCAAAGGAAGAGACCAUCGAUUAUAUUUCUCCGUCUCCUCUCUGUCUUUUGUUUAAGAUUCAAGUUGUGGAACCAACGGGGUGAAAAAGUCAUCAGAUGGGGCGCUUGCGACCCCGUCCAUCUUUCUGAACAACACAGAGCACUCAGCCGACUUGGCAAAGACACAGGUGAGGAGUGGCCAAGUCUUCAUAAUAAUCCAGGGCUCGGUAUUGAAAAUAAAGCCAGCCAGAUCAGUGCAGGUUUUUCUUAAGGUCUCCAAAAAUGUGGGAAUUAGCCAAAGGGCUGAAGACCCGUGGUUAUUUUUAUUCUCUUGUGACUAGGCAGCACACUGAGUCUGUUUUAGGAGUUAUUCACGUUAUAUACCAAAAGAGUCCCUUUGUUUUGAGUGAAAGUGGAAUUUUUUUUCCCCCGAGCAGAGUAUAACUGACGCAUUUGCAUGACACUGAAAGAUAAAGCAAGAUAUGAAGUUAACCCAGAAGAUGUCCUCUUUGAACUUGUUUUUCAGAAGCAUGAAAAUGAGGAGGAUGGAGCAGGUGGUAACAAAGAAGAAGGUGGAAGAGAGAAGAAGGAUGCAGAUGUAGCAAUAUCUUUUGUAUUUGGUCAGAAUAUCAGAGACAGAGCGAAGGUGGGUUGUUUUCCAUGUCGAACACCUCUUCUCACAUGAAGUGAACAUGCUAAGUCAGGUCUCGAAGGAUACCUUUGUGUGAAGUUACCUUCCUUAGAAAAGUGUUUUUAGAGGUGCAUUUGUAGCAGUAUUUCUUGCUGCAGCCCUGUUUUAGUCUUUUUUUUGAAGGUUGAGAUAUUUCUCUAAGCAUAACUCCAAACAUACUCCUUUCUCCUAGUUGGAAGAGAACAGUACAGAAGACAAGUCAAAGGAUGGUGGUCCACUGGACUCUCAAUCAGAGGGCACUAAUUAUUUCUUACAGUACAUCUCUACCCCAAGGUAACAAAAGGGUCUCCUCCUUUGAGUGUUUUUUUUGCAGCUCACCUCAUUCAUAAUUAGGUUUAUCAGCUCACUAAUUCCUCUUCUCUUUCCUCUUCUCGCAGUUCAAAAAAUGCCACAAACAGUACAGACAGUGGGGCAAAAUUUGUAUUUGGGCAGAACAUGUCUGAACGAGUUCUGGUGAGCUUUUGUACACGGUUCAAAAAAAAAAAAAAGAAGUCACUCUUUCAUCUGCCAAUUUGCAAAAACCUCAUGAGUGAGCUUUGAACAAGUUCCAGUAAUUAUCUUUGGUUGUGCUUUCAGAGUCCCCCAAAGGGUGAGUCCUCAAAUGAGGAAAAUAAAGAAGUUACAGCUGCCCCUGCUUCAGAGCCCUCAUCGCAGGAAACCACCCCAGAGAAGGGUAAACACAGUACUCCUCUGAUAUUUCAGGAACUGUUUGAGCAUUUGACUGCUUUUAGAUCAAAGAGGACACAUACUAGAAUACAGCAAUAAUCACAAAUAUCUUAAAAAAUCUAGAGAUAAGAUUAUAGUCCUCACAGUUGUAGUCAAUGAGAUCUUUCUUUUUUGACAAGUUGUGCAAAAUCUCUAAAUAUUUACACAAAUGUCCCUGGGGAGUAAAGUGUUUACUAGAACUGUACAAAGGUCUGUGCUGGUAAUGAACAGUACAACUUUAGUUUCAGAUGCAAAUUCAUACCGUUGGUUUGAUGAAUAUCAUUAAAACAAUAGAGGCUAUAAUUACACACAUUUUUGUUUUUUGGGUUUGAGGGAAAGGCAUUUCCUUUGUUUGGUUUCAAUCAUGAACUCUAACUCAGAAACAGAGUUUACAGUGUAAAUACAAGUCAGAUAUUUCUGUUAAAAGAAAAAAUCUAUACCUGCAUUUUUUAAGGCUGGGAUUAUCUAAUCUUUUUCCCAAUGACACUGGAAAAAAUCAGCCUCCUUAGCGGCUCCUGCACAUGCAUUUAUUAAUGCAGGCUUAGAGCUGAAGUGCUUAUGAUUUUCAGCAGCCUGAACAGCUCCUGUGUUAAGUCAAGGAGUGUCGACUACGGUCCUUCAUGAUCACCUUACAGCACUGGAUUAUACCACUUUUUGCGGGGGCAUGUUAUUUUAAUGGGUAAAGUAAAAUGAGACCCUUAAAUUAGGGAUAAAAGUCUCCAGCUCUAGUCUCAAUUUGUUAUCGCUGUAUCCCAUCUCCAUAGCGAACAGCGUGUCAGAGUCUUUGGAGGAGUCUGCAGCAGCGUACACCAAAGCCACAGCCAAGAAGUGCAUCUUAGAGAAAGUCGACGUCAAAACCGGAGAGGAAUCAGAAAGCAACGUUUUACAGGUAGAAGCGGGCUUUCUUCAUCCAACUCUUCAUUCUCUUCAUCCUAAAUAAAACUUAAAGUACUCCUUUAUUGUCACCUUUACGCUCCAGAUGCAGUGCAAGUUAUAUGUUUUUGAGAAGACGGCUCAGUCGUGGAUAGAGAGAGGGCGAGGUUUGCUGAGGCUCAACGACAUGGCGUCAACAGACGACGGCACGCUACAGUCUCGUCUAGGUAAGAACACAGACAGACAGACACAGAAAAAGUAAACAGAAGUUACUGCUGGGAAUGUUUCAAUGGAUCCAUGAUCACAUCAAACAUAGCUACAGGAUAACAAGGAGUCAUAUUUCUCAUUAAGAUACUACAUUUGGACCAGGGUAGGGGUUUUUAAUGACUGACUUUGAACACAAGAGGGAGCCCAUUACUAAGUGGUUUCCCUGUGUGGAUUAAACCUGACUGCAUGCUGUUAAAACACCGGGGUAAGGAGGGAUUUGAAACUAAGAAAAAUAUCAAACACCAAAAGACUUUAUGGUGAAAAGUUUAAUUCAUUUUUUGUAAACUUUUUAUGACCCUUUUAUUCCAGAUUUACUAGAUUUACCUGUAUCAUAGUUUCUAUGCUGAUAUACAAAUAACCAGUACGGUUAAGUCUUGGUAAACACAUCUUCAGUCACCUUGGAUAAUAGCCUUAUCGGUUUUGUCUUAUCGUUGUAACACAGCUCAUUAAACAAACAUGGUACCACACAAAAGAGCUACACUGACCUGUUUGUUCACUCACCUGUGUUUGUGUCUAAACCCUUCAAGUGAUGAGGACCCAGGGCAGCCUCCGGUUGAUCCUCAACACUAAACUUUGGCCCCAGAUGCAGGUGGACAAGGCCAGCGAGAAGAGUGUACGAAUCACUGCCAUGGACACAGAGGACCAGGGGGUCAAGGUCUUCCUAAUAUCUGUAUGUAUCAGCCAAAAUGUCUAAGACCUUGUUCUCCUAUUAAAGGGAAAGUUAUUUUUGAUGAGCUUGAUCGAACAUUUGCUGGGAUAGAAUUUGAAAGCUUUUUCUUAACUUCACCUUAAUUGUUUUAUGGCAAGACAUUACAGCAGCUUAGCUACCCAUCUGUGAGAAAGGACAGGGUUUUAAAAGCCAAAGAAUCUGCACAGUGAUCAGUCCACUCCUGUGGCCUCAUCUCAAGAAAAAAACCUUUUGGGACAGUUACGGUGGAUAGUUUAAUAAUUUUACAGGCAGUGGCCUUUUGAACACCUGGAAUUUUUUGAAUCACAGUAUUUAAAUUCAUCACAUUUAUUAUUUGAUCAUUUGAGAUAGGCUGAUGUUGGAGAGAGAGAGAGGAACCUGUAUUUUUCUAUUGUUUACUCUGCUGGUAAGAUUUCUGUUUUUCUUGUCUCAUUCUUUUUAAAUUUGCUGCGUUUGUGUUUAUCGGGGUACAUGAAAUGUCAAAGGCUAUGCUCACACUGCAGGUCAAUUCUAAUUUUUUUAACAUGUGUGACACAUAUCUGAUUUUUUCAUGUAAGUGUGAACAGUGCAAUUCAGAUUUUUUCAAAUAUCCGACCCAGGCCUGUUUUGUAUGUGGAUAUAAAUCGAAUAUGUAUCCGAUGUGACUGCAGUGUGGACGCUCAGGUCGCGUUCAUCCGACCUAUACGUCAUCAGUAUGCGACAAACGUCACUAUUGUGGGUCACUUCACGGAUGCAUUCCGUUCACAUUAGAUGUUGUUAUGUAAACAACCGCACAAAAAGAUCGAAUUUAACAAAAAACCCGAAUUGUGCAUCAUAACCUGCCGUGUGAACGUAGCCAAAGUCGUGCAGUACUGUUUCACAUCAAGAGCCUCAUAGAAGCUUGAAGCGUGUAACGGUCUUUUGAUUAGCGGCUCACUAUGAAACAUAUCUAUGUAGCUAUGUACUGAAACGCUGAAAUCUCAUGUUAUCCUGACUGUAUAUCAUGUGGACUGAUUGGUCUCUCCCUCUGUGUCUGUUGUCUUCAGGGUAGCUCUAAGGAUGUAGGUCAGCUGGCUGCAGCGUUACAUCACCGUAUCUUAGCCCUGAAGAGCAGGGCGGAACAGGAGCCCGAGACCCCAGCAACAACCAUCCCCGACACUGAGGUACCGCAGUCCAACGAGGAGGACAGCGACGAGGAGGACAAUGCCUCUGCCUCAGCUUCAGCCUCCACUCCUGCUACGAGUCAGUGAUUUUUAUUGUUAGCGUGUGGGUUUAUUGCUGCUUUUUUGCUUGUUGGUACCACAUCAGCAGUUUGUCUCGUGAUAUAUAUCCAAACCGCUCGCCUACAUAACUCCUGUCAACCUGCUGUCACUUCUCCCCCUGCAGGUAAUUCAGAGGGAGGAGAGAGCCAGGCAGCAGGAAGCACAUAGCGUCACUCUUGGACAGCCUACUUAGAUGCUGUUGUUGAGGCAUUUUGCUGUAGGCAUCUCCAUGGACACCCCUUGACCAACAUGGGUCCUCCAGACCAGUACUUUUGGAUAUUAGAAGUCUAGCUCCAGGAAAUAACCCCUUGUGCCGGAGUGUCUCACCCAACUCGUGCAGUCCAUCUUCUCUGCAUUCAGCGUAAUAUCUGGAGUCGUUUCUUCCCUCCCUCUCCUGUUUUGUGUUUUAUUUUUGUUUUCGAGUACUUUUUCCUCUCCCCGAUAGCAAAAAUAAAGACUUCAAAGCUUUGGUUUGGGACUUUUCUGCUCAUCAUAUUGAUGAGUGUAAGGGUGUUUUCCUCUACAUUUUAAAGUAUGGCACAUGUUAAGACUGCAGUUUCUACUUUGGGACCUUUUUACUCACUCUACAGUCGUACCUCUGGACGCCACACAUCCAGAGGAGCUUCAUUCACAGUGUAUUUGACUAGUCAUCAGUCAGCUGUUACUGCAUCAAUUCCAACCCUCCUCUUCCUCCUGCCUCCAUCCCAACCAGCCCGUGCGUUUAGGUUUUGGCAAAUGUAAUUUAUUUUGGAUCAUCAUCUUCAUAAGGUAUCUCGACACAUAUGUGCUGUUUGUAAUGGCUAGCCAAGACCACUCAAGUUGUCAUUAAUAGCAGUUUCUUAUAUUUCCUAUUGACCUAUAUUAUACUGAAUAAAAGACUGAAACAAAGCAGUUGCUGCUUAUGUGAGUUAAUGAUGUGAUGACAGAGGAGCAGGAGUCACCUCAAAAUUUGUUUUUCUAUCAAAUUAAUAAGACUUGUUUGCCAUUCACUUUGUGUUUCUAUCUUCUUUUCAAAAUCAAACGUUUCUCACAGUCUUCGUUCUGCAUGAAACUGUUGUUUCUGUUUUUUUUUUUUUCUUUUAGCAUCCCAAGAGUUUACUGUGUUGAUACAUAUUUUUUAUUUUGAAAAUAUACAAACUUUUUAUCCAUUUACAUUUGGAGAACAUAUUGGAAUGAAGAUUUAAGUUCAUGUGUGGAAAAUUUGAGUGAUAACUGUAAUACCUUUUUGAAUGUCAUGUACAUUUGAAUAUAUCAUUUAGUAGCGCACCAUGUUUUUCUCAUCUCCUCCAACUGCCCCCUUUACAAAAUAAACCAUUUUGGACUGACA